CAGAUGAUUGGUCACAUCACAGUCCUGAAGAAAGUUGUGUUGUCAUCUGUGGAUAUUGCAGCUCAGGGGGAUCUAGGAACUGUAGUUCCAAACAGUAACAUUUCUAAGCUCUGCUUGUUAGGUGCAGCCUGUAAAAAUCCAAGGGAGAGCAAAGAUGUCUUCUGGACCCAGUGCCAGUCAAACUUCCAUAGCCUUCACCUCAUCUUUCUCCCAGGAUCUCCCAGCCUGGAUGAGCAAAAGCAGUGUGGCUGAGUGGCUGUGAAGAGGGACGCUUGAACAGGGGGCUGUGGCACCUGGCUACUGCUCUGAAAGAUGAAGAAAACAUGCUAAUAGGUCUUGCCAUCUUCAACUGUGUGGCUGGUAACGGAAAUACAACUGAACAUGAAGCAAAGACACUGUCCUGCACCUACCCAAAUGGAAAUUGUACAGAUGACAGUACAGGACUGCGAAGGAGGGGACAUUUUUCUAAGUGUCCCGAGGAAUAUAAACACUAUUGUGUCAAAGGAAGAUGCCGUUAUGUUACCGUAGAACAGGUGCCUGCUUGCCACUGUGAAAAAGGUUACACUGGUGCAAGAUGUGAGAGGCUGGAUUUGUUUUAUCUGAGAGGAGACCAAGGUCAAAUUGUGGUGGUUUCCUUGAUAGCUGUUAUGGUGCUGCUUAUAAUCCUGAUUGCUUCUAUGUGCAUUUGCACUCAUUAUUGUCGAAAGAAACGUAGGAAGAGAAAAGAGGAAGAAUUGGGAACAUUUGAAAAGGGACUGCCUGUUAAAACUGAAGAUAUUCUAGAAACAGACAUUGCAUGAAGAUUGUCAAAGGUGCCUGCUGGCAGGUUCCAAAUUCUCAAAUGCCCUUUUCUUCUUGAUAAUUUCAUAAGGGCUAGUGACUUGAAAAUAAAGGUGGAGAUAAGAA